ACCGCUCCGCUGCUCAGAGAACAACUAGGAAACAGAGGAAGAACUAGGAAACAGGGGAAGAACUAGGAAACAGGGGAAGAACUAGGAAACAGGGCUGCACAACUGAUUACAGUGGACAGUCCGCUGCCUGGUUGCUCGUGGUAACGCUCCGCCAUGCCUUUCCCCUUUGGCAAGUCCCACAAGUCGCCGGCAGACAUCGUCAAGAACCUUAAGGACAGCAUGACAGUGCUUGAGAAGCAUGACAUUUCUGACAAAAAGGCUGAGAAGGCCACAGAGGAAGUGUCAAAAAGCUUGGUGGCCAUGAAGGAGAUCCUAUAUGGGACUAAUGAGAAAGAGCCCCAAACAGAAGCAGUGGCCCAACUUGCCCAGGAGCUGUACAACAGCGGCUUGCUCAGCACCCUGAUAGCCGACCUGCAGCUCAUCGACUUUGAGGGUAAGAAAGAUGUGGCUCAGAUCUUCAACAACAUUCUGAGGCGUCAGAUCGGCACUCGGACGCCUACGGUGGAGUACCUCUGCACCCAGCAGAAUAUCCUCUUCAUGUUGCUCAAAGGAUAUGAGUCUCCAGAGAUUGCCCUUAACUGCGGUAUCAUGUUGAGGGAGUGCAUCAGACAUGAACCCCUGGCCAAAAUCACACUGUGGUCAGAGCAGUUUUACGACUUCUUCAGAUACGUGGAGAUGUCCACCUUCGACAUUGCCUCAGACGCAUUUGCCACUUUCAAAGACCUCCUCACAAGACACAAGCUACUGAGUGCUGAGUUUCUGGAGCAACAUUAUGACAGAUUCUUUAGUGAAUAUGAGAAGUUACUCCACUCAGAAAACUACGUGACUAAAAGGCAGUCCCUCAAGUUACUGGGGGAGUUGCUUCUCGACCGGCACAAUUUCACCAUAAUGACGAAAUACAUCAGCAAGCCAGAGAAUCUCAAACUAAUGAUGAAUCUGCUACGGGACAAGAGCCGCAACAUCCAGUUUGAGGCUUUCCAUGUUUUUAAGGUGUUUGUGGCGAACCCCAACAAGACGCAGCCCAUCCUGGACAUCCUGCUGAAGAACCAAACCAAACUCAUCGAGUUCCUCAGCAAGUUCCAGAACGACAGAACGGAGGACGAACAGUUCAACGAUGAAAAGACUUACCUGGUCAAACAGAUCAGGGACCUCAAGAGGCCUGCCCCCCAGGAGGCUUGAGGAGGUGGUGGAGGUGGUGGUGGUGGGGGGGCGGAGCCACCAGGACCAUGUCUGGACAGCAUCCAGACCACGUCUGCUUAACGGACUCAUCAGCAGCUGCUGUUCUGGUUUUUGAACAAAAAUUGAGGAAACGGAUGAAAAACCAACGUACCCAUAUCAACUCAUCAGGAAGCCGCCAGCUCCUCUGCUCCUCAGUGAACAUUUGAUUACUUUUAUUUUUCUGUUUUGUUUUUUUUUUUCCUUCAAAAGAAAUACGAGAAAAAAAAUAGAUGCUGCUGCUUUCUUGCACAUUGAGACAUGUUAGGUAUAUUAUAAUGACACAACAGGCCAUCACACGUAUUGACAGAAAAUGUCCAUGCAUUCAAAGUAAGGCAGACUUCCUGAUGCACACACACACACACACACACACACACACACAUUCUUGUACUUCUAUCUUUGUGAGGACCCUCAUUGGAACAGUGAAUUCCCUUGCAAGGUUAUAAUAGUUGUGGAUUUUUCAGCAUUUUUUUAAAUGAAGGAAAUUUUCACUAUAAUUUUAGUUAGUUUUGUAACCACACAAUACAGUUUCAGUUAAUUAUCAUUAUCAUGUAACCUUUAACCCUUAAAACAAAGUUUGAAAUCUCAAAAAAAAAGCCUUUAAAGAAGUGAGGACCGGCCGAAAUGUCUUCACUUUGCAAAAAUGCCCUCACUCUGUUGGUUAAAAACGUGUUCUGGUCCUCACUAUGUAAGAAAUACAAGAACACACACACACACACACACACACACACACACACACACACACACAUUCUUGUACUUCUACCUUUGUGAGGACCCUCAUUGGAACAGUGAAUUCCCUUGCUAGGUUAUAAUAGUUGUGGAUUUUUCAUCAUUUUUUUAAAUGAAGGAAAUUUUCACUAUAAUUUUAGUUAGUUUUGUAACCACACAAUAGAGCUUCAGUUAAUUAUCAUUAUCAUGUAACCUUUAACCCUUAAAACAAAGAAAUCUCAAAUUUGAAAUCUCAAAAAAAGCCUUUAAAGAAGUGAGGACCGGCUGAAAUGUCCUCACUCUGUUGGUUAAAAACGUGUUCUGGUCCUCACUAUGUAAGAAAUACAAGAACACACACACACACAGGAACAAAAGUAGACACGUGUUUACACAUAUAUGUAUUACAUAAAGACCAUGCAUACACACAUACUGCAAGAAUAUCAGCUAAAACCUUUUGAUGGAAACGGUACGAGCAAGUUGAACAUUGGUGUGUUGGUUGCAUGCCUUGAAAUGUGACAGAUCCACGGCUGUAGCCAGCGCCGGCUCUGUGAUGGCCCGGUCCGGUCCGGUCCGGUCCGGCCCCCGUGUUCAGUGCCACAGACUCGGAAAUUGCACGUGCAUCACAGCAACCGCUACAUUUCGUAUCUAAUGCCUUCAUCCAGUCAAGCAACAGUGGUUCAUUUUCUCCAUUCAUGGGGACGAAGCUCUCCGACGCCAUCACACAGAACCAUUUACCUCCUGUGUGCUUUGUUACAACGCAGCACUUGAAGCACAUGAGGAAAAGGGUGUAAGGUAUGAAUUUGGUAAAAGCCUGACAGUCGGGUCUCUUUAUUGUUUUCUGGGACAGGGUGAACAUGUACAUAUGCCUUUUUUGUUUUCUCUUUUUUUUUGCUUUGUAGAUUUUUGUUUAACCUUGACAUAUGAAUAUAUAUUAUAUAUAUAUUACCUUGAACAUCACGUUUUUGGUUAAUUGUAAUCAAAUUACUUUCUAAACCAUAAAAGAAACGACAAACAAGUUAAGUGACAUUGUUAUUUGCAUUUAAUUUUACUGCUGAAAUGGUUGCUGUUGGGUUUCUUUGUACAUAACUUAAAGAGCCAGCUCACAUUUAGCUAACCUAUAGGAUAUUAACAAUUUGUACAGCGGAGGAAUGUCAUGGUAUUAGCUCUGGAUCU